AUGUACCGUGUGCUUGUUCCCUCACCUCCCCCAGAUCGAGGCUCCAAGCCUCCCCCCAGGAGCCAGGGUGCGCAGCCACCGAGCAGCCUGCUGGCUCUGGCCCUGGCCUGCGUCCUGGUGCUGGCUGGUGUCACCCUUGCUUGCCUCUUCAGACUGGGCAUCCAGCAGCUGCAGCUGGCGCGGGGCUCCCACUGGAUCCUGCUGACAGCCCAGGAGCUCACCUUCAUCCAUCUGCCCUCGAGCACACAAAGGCUUUACGUGGACAGUGUGAGUGAAUCGAGAAGUGUGGCAGAUGGUGGGAGCCUGAGGUCGGUGGUCCAGGGGUCAGCAAGGAGCCUGCCAGCCCCCCAGGAGCCCACCAACAUGGCCCCGUGCCAGAAGCGGGAGCUGUGGCACAAGAACCUGGCCACCUGCCUGGGCUUCUUCGUGGCCCCCGGGCUCUGCACAGUGGUUCUGGAGCACUGUGCCUGGGGCAGCCUGGAGGACCUGCCGUGGAACGAGGCUCUGCCACUGGGGUGGACCUUCAAGGCCUCACUCCUGCUGGUCUUGCUCCACGGCGUGCGGUAUCUGCACCAUCGACAUUUCCCUCACGGCCGCCUCAAGUCCCGAAACGUGGUGGAUGGACGCUUUGUACUGAAGGUAACUGACCAUGGUUACGUAGAGCUCCUGGAGGCUCAGGGGGCUCCCCGCUCCUGGCUGGCCCCAGAAGAGCUGCUGUGGAUGGCUCCGGAGCUGGUGCGGGGGCCCGGGAUACCCGGGCGGGGCACCCCGAGAGGAGACAUCUUCAGCAUCAGCAUCAUCCUGCAGGAGGUGCUCACUCGAGGCUCGCCCUACUGCUUCUUGGGGCUCUCGGCAGAAGAAAUCAUCAGGAGGGUGGCGUCUCCCCAUCCCCUGUGCUGGCCACGGGUGUCUCCUGACCACAUGCCACCUGAGUGCAUCCGGCUGAUGGAGCAGUGCUGGGAGGAGGCCCCUGAGGACAGACCCAGCCUGGACCAGACCUACCCCCAGUUCAAAAGCAUCAAUCAAGGCAACAAGACCAGUCCUGCUGACUCUAUGCCGCGGAUGCUGCAGAAGUAUUCCCAGAACCUGGAGGACCUGGUCCGGGAGCGGACUGAGGAGCUGGAGCUGGAGAGGCAGAGGACGGAGAGCCUGCUCUUCCAGAUGCUCCCUCCCUCUAAAAUGGGGGCAACCGUGGAGCCGGAGCACUUUGACCAGGUUACCAUAUACUUUAGCGAUGUCGUGGGGUUCACCAUCAUCUCGGCCCUGAGUGAGCCCGUUGAGGUGGCAGCCUUGCUCAACACCCUCUACACGCUGUUCCAUGCUGUUCGCAGCCACGACGUGUAUAAGGUGAAGACCAUCGGGGACGCCUACAUGGUGGCAUUGGGGCUGCCCCGGCACAACCGGAGCCGGCAUGCGGCUGAGCUCGCCAACAUGGCCCUGGACACCCUCAGCUCUGUGGGCGACUUCCGGAUGAGGCAUGCGCCCACCGUGCCCGUUCGCAUCAGGGCUGGCCUGCACUCAGGGCUCUGCGUGGUGGGUGUCGUGGGGCUCACGGGCCUCUUUGGGGACACUGUUAACACUGCAUCCCGGAUGGAGUGCACGGGGCUGUUGUACAGAAUUCACGUCAGCAGAAGCACAGUCUAGACACUGCUCAGCCUGGAUGAAGCCUACAGAAUUGACGCCAGAGGCCAGACGGAGACGAAGGGCCAGGGGGUGGAGGAGGAGACCUGGCUGGCGGGGAAGGCAGGCUACCCCAGACCCCUCCCCACACAUACGGACGUCAAACCUGGGGACCCUUGGCAAGACCUCAUAAACCAAGAAAUCAAGAUGGCCUUUGCCCAAGCCCACCAGUGCCCAGCUAGGCCCUGGAGCUUGGGGAAGGCCUCGGCUGGACCCUGAGGAGAGGGACAGGGCCAGCCAGACUCUUGCGCCUGCACACCCUCAA